AUGGAUGAGCAUCUUAGUGAUCUGGAAAAAGCUAUGGAAAAUUCACAACCAAUGGUAAUGACAUCAAGUUCCGCUAUUUUACCCAGUAAUUCAACUAACUGUACAGUUUCGAACAUCGUGUCGAGCGGCAGAAUCACAACGGUUAGCGGUAAAAUUAAAAAACAUAGCGAUAAAACAUCUACAAAUACUAGUCGUGUCUCAAUACAAAUUUGCCAACGGCGCCCAGUUACUCGCUCUCAGACGGGUAGCUUACCAUUGCGAACGGAAAAACUUGAUGCAGCUGAGGUUGAAAAAACAUGCAGUACUUUAUGUGAUCUAAAACAAAAUACUGCAUAUACACCAAAAUCAGCAAGAAGCAAACAUUAUUUAACCACAGGCCACGCCAUCACAGGCAAUGACUUUGGAAUAGUGUUAAGGGAAACACAUCUUUAUAAACUACUAGUAAAAGAAUCGCUAGUCAUUAGGGCAAUUGCCCCCUCUCUUAAUGGCACAGAUCGUUCCGUAUCAUUAUAUGUAUAUUCCAAUGGUAUUCAACAAGCUCUAUGGGAUAGAAGAAACAUCGAGUGUAAAGGUUCAGGACUGUAA